AUGCAAGGAACUCCGGCUAUAUACGAGUUCCCUCCUUUUUUUACAAAACAGAUAAAUGAACAAACUUGGGCUGCGCAAAAAAGCAACUGGGAAAAAAUAUGCUUGAACUACUGCAAAGGUAUUAAUCAAUGGACUCUGAACAAAAAUAGCCCAGUAUUCACCAAUUCACGUAUUCAGCGGACGUUACCAGCACCAGUCAUUCUCGAGCUCUUUAACCACAUGGUGGAGGACGGCACAGCAGCAUGGAAAAUACCGAAUGAGGAAGUUUACGUUUAUAUCAAGAGCCCACAUCUGUUGGCUUCUGAGCUAGUGUCUUGGACGGAAGCGACUGGUCAUAGUGGUGCGGUCAUUACUCUGUUUGAGCUAACUAAUGGAGAUUUGUCUGGUCUUAGCAGUUUCGAAAGCCUAGAUCCCGGCAUUCUUUCACAGGUACUCGAAAUUGUUUUCAAGCAGGGGAACGCAACAGAAAUGCGCGAAGAUGGCGAAGUUGUAGGGUUAAAACUGAAGUAA